AUGCCCCGAAUUUCGCAAGCGAUGUUCUUCGAGUACAACACCAAGGUCACAGUCAUCACGGCCAUGAGUUGUGCGCUCCUGUCCCUUGUCGGUAUGGUGCUUGUCCUGCUUGUCACCAUGCCCAGCAGAGAAGGCUUGCCAAGCUUGAUUUUGACAUCGAUGAUUUCCUCUGCUCUCCUCCUCGGCAUGAUUGCGACUGCAUGCAGACACCGGUCAUGGAGCGUUAACUCACAGAUGCCAGCAGCGUGCAGCUGCAUUUGGGCCGCUUGUGAGUUCAGCACGCUGGCAACAAGGCCACUGGAGUAUCGUCACGUCCACAUCACAAACCAAGAAGGGACGGUCGAAUGGGUAGCGACAUCAGAGGUGUCCGACAUGCCUGGCCUUGUGGAGACAGAGAGUGUGAAGACUUGUCCAUGUUGCCUAGAUGACUUUCUGCCAGACAGCCAAGUGGCAGUCCUUCCAUGUCGACAUGUUUUUCAUCAGAGGUGCAUCGCUCGUUGGUCGAUGGCCUCUGCCAAGAAGGGCGCAUUGUGCCCAACAUGCCGAACUGAAUUCAGCAGUUCUAGCGAGUUAGUUGUACCAGCCGAACGGCUCGGAGUUGCCACCGUCUAG